GCGUCUCCACGGUCAGUUUCUGGGAGACAUGUUUUCGGCAGACCUCAUCAGUCAUCCCCGCCGUCCACGGUGUCUCCACCACCCUCGGCUCCACCGGCCACGGUGUCUCCACCACCCUCGGCUCCACCGGCCACGGUGUCUCCACCACCCUUGGCUCCACCGUCCACGGUGUCUCCACCACCCUCGGCUCCACGGCGGUUAAGCAUUGUGAUAUCCCACACAGGCCACACACCAGAUCAUAGACAUUACGCCCCUGUCCUUGUCUUGUCGCCAGAUUGAUCGUGUUAAAAGAUCCAACAUAAAGUUUCAACUUAAUAUCUUGUAUAACCAGGGCUCCUGUGAUCUGCAAUUCGUUGCAAGAUCAAUUGGGUUGGGAUCAUUGAUGUCACUCACAUGUCUAUGCACUUGUUUGCUGAUCGCUAACGUUUGUAGCGUCAAUCAAUAUAUGCAAAUGUGUUCUCCAGGUUUUGGUGGCACUCUUCAGUGUCCCCACUGCGACUUCAGCUGUUUGGGACAACAUCGUCUGGACAGACACUUGAAGAGACGACAUGGCCAAAGCGUGAACGGCAGAUACAAGUGCAAGUGGUGUUCUUACGUCACCGACCACUUCGGCAGCAUGACGCGGCACCGAAGGACUCACGCGAAAGAACGGCCGUACCGCUGUGAAGUGUGCGGCAAAACGUUUUCUCAACAAGUCGGUCUGACCGCUCACCGUCGUGUGCACACCGGUCAGAGUCCGUGCAAGUGUGAUAUCUGUGGGAAGGUGUUCACACGGCCCGGUGCCCUGACGAUGCACAGACGUGUCCACGUUGGCGAGAAGGUCCGGCAGUGUGAGCAGUCUGGUGCCGCGUGUUCAGCUAUAUCUAACGACAGAGAACACGGGACAUCUCGUAUUCGUGUGAAGCCCCACCAGCGCCCUGAGUGUUCGGCCAGUUUUGGUAAUCAUGCACAUCUCAUUAGACACAUGCGGACCCACACAGGAGAGAGGCCGUUUGGCUGCUCAUUAUGCACGAGACGGUUUUCUCUUCGAUCAGCCCUCACCGUACACAUGCGAACCCAUACAGGGGGGAAACCGCACGGCUGCUCUAUUUGCCCGGCACGGUUCGCCGAGCUUAAAAGCCUCACUGUACACAUGCGAACCCAUACAGGAGAGAAGCCGUUUGGCUGCUCCAUUUGCCAGGCACGAUUUGCUCAUCGGUCAGCCCUCAUUAAUCACACGCGCAUCCAUACAGGGGAGAAGCCGUAUGGCUGCUCUAUUUGCCAGGCACGAUUCACUGAGCGGCGGCAUCUCACCGUACACAUGCGAACCCAUACAGGAGAGAAACCGUUUGGCUGCUCCAUUUGCCCGGCACGGUUCGCCCAGCGUCCAACCCUCACCAACCACAUGCGGACCCACACAGGGGAGAAGCCGUUUGGCUGUUCCAUUUGCCCGGCACGGUUUGCUCAGCAAUCGGCUCUCACCGUACACAUGCGAACCCAUACAGGAGAGAAGCCUUUUGGCUGCUCCAUUUGCCCGGCACGGUUUGCUCUUCGUUCAAUUCUCACCAUUCACAUGCGGACCCACACAGGGGAGAAGCUGUUUGGCUGCUCCGUUUGCCCGGCACGUUUUGCUCAGCGAUCGGGUCUCAGCGGCCACAUCAGGACCCACACAGGAGAGAAGCCGUUUGGCUGCUCCAUUUGCCCGGCACGGUUUGCUCUUCGUUCAAAUCUCACCAGUCACAUGCGGACCCACACAUGGUAGAGGCCUUUUGACUGCUCCAUGUGUCCGGCACGGUUUGCUCAGCUUUCGCUUCUCACCAGUCACAUGAGGACCCAUACAGGGUAGAAGCCGUUUGGCCGCUCCAUGUGCCCGGCACGGUUCGUUCAACGGUCGGCCCGAAUAGCUCAUAUGCGAAUCCACACAGGAGAGUGGCCGCAACGGCUGUUUCAUAUGCCCCGCUCGAUUUUCAGUUUCAUCACAUCUUUAAACUCACCUGUCGACUCACAAGGGGGAGCGGCCGCUAGGUCGUCCAUUACAAAUAACCCUGCUCACAGUGGCGCAGGAACUAUUUUCUGUCUGGGAGGCUCAUUACGCGCCGCCGGAAUGUACACUGUGGCAGGUCUGGACGCUUCUGUCUUUACAUCGUGCUCCUUACCGCUGAAUGCGUUUGAUUCGCGUCAAAUCUUGUGUGAAGACUUAGAACUGUACUAGCAAUCUUAUGGUCAAAGAAUUUUAGAAAUCGACUGAUAAAAAUUUGAGUUAUGAGCGUGUAAACACAAAAUUGUGAUUGCCGCGUUUCCUGCGUCGGCCGAUCCCGCCGCAGCGGGUGACAUAUUCUUUGCAGGCUUAUAAAUGUCAUACUGAUUGUUGAAUUAAUUAGAAACUUAUCAUACAUACUCUGAAAUGUCUGCUCUUUCAUAAAGUGAAAGAAAUCAGAAAAUUGGCUCGUAACUUUUUGAGUUAUCUGCGUGUAAACGCAAAACUGUCGCUAAUAUGGCAAUUUCGAUCACAUUGGACCUCAGCUUACCUUGAAGAUAAUGACCUAGGUUCAUGAAACUCACACACAACAGAGUUCCCCAUGGCGUCUUCCUACCCUCCAAAUGUCAUUCCACUGGACUUAGUACUCACAACCCUUCACCUACCGCUAAAACCGUGACCUGUACGUUCCAUUCUCAAAAGACACAUUCGAAAACACCAAGGUAGCGCUCGUACGCAUGCUGAAUCUGCCCUGCACAGUUGACUUCACGAUCGCUGAUCAACAGACACAUGUGGACUCAGAGACAAUGUGGACUACAAACAACGACCCACACGAGGGAGCAGGACAUGUCUGCGGGGCGGCAUACAUCUUUGCAUCUUUUGAGCCUUAAAUGUUAACUUUUUUUUUACUGAUUUCUUGUAGUUCAGUU